AUGACGAUCAAGGAAGGCAGCAAGCUGAGCACGUUGAAGCAUGGGACCCACUACCGAACACCGAAUUUCAUCGAGGUUGAACGGAUUGCGUGCGUGUUCGACCAGUUCCCGGAGUGGCUUCUGCGCAGCGGCAACAAGGACAUCGCCUCGUCGAGCGAGUCCCUGAACGAGAGCCUCGCCUCCGAGAUGGCCGGCGCAGACGGUGGCAGCCCCGACGCCUCCGAUCUGCUUGCGGCCUUCCGCCGAUGGAAGGGCACAAAUCAAUGCUGCCUAACGCGGCACUUCAUUGUGUUCGAGCUAAGUUACGUGGGAAAGCCCCUGUCACGCAUCACGCUGCGCAGCGCGGCGCAAGGCCGCAGCCUGGUUCAGCAGGCAGCCUGCUGCUUGGCCGUGGCUGAACGCGCCCUCGGAUUCCGGCACACCGGCGUGGACGCCGACAAGCUGCUGGUGGCCAUGACCGACGCGGCGAGCCUCGAGUACCGGCUGCCCAAUAGGACGACGCCCAUCUCGAUCGAGAGCGCCGGCCUGAAAGCGCAUUUGGCCGGAUGCCUGUCCUUCGCCAUCGACUCUGAAGGCACGUUUUGCUCAUCAAAUUAAAAGAUGUCGAUUCAUUGUGA